AUGGAUGAGAUGAACCACAAUAUAACCUGUCUGAAGGACAAAGAAACCACUAGAGAUGGGGACCAGGAACACCAAAGUGACAGCACCCAAGACUUGACAUUAACUGUCCCCAAGAAAAGGAAGAGCAGAAAGUCCAGCUCCCUUUGGAGGUCCAGUGGAGUGCUGAGUGAACGAGUGGUCAUUAAUGUGUCUGGACUACGGUUUGAAACACAGUUACGCACACUGAGCCAGUUCCCAGACACUCUCCUUGGAGACCCCCAGAAGCGGGGGCGCUACUAUGACCCAUUGCAUAAUGAAUAUUUCCUGGAUCGCAAUCGGCCAUGCUUUGAUUCUAUCCUCUACUUCUACCAGUCAGGUGGACGCCUCAAAAGACCAGCAAACAUCCCCCUGGAUGUCUUCAUUGACGAAGUUAAGUUCUAUCAAUUAGAGGGUGAGGCACUGGCACGUUUCCUGGAGGAUGAAGGCUUUCCUAAGGAUGAAGAGCGCCCCAUGCCUGAGAAUGAGUUCCAGAAGCAGGUGUGGCUGCUUUUUGAGUACCCAGAAUCAUCUGCUGCAGCCAGAAUUAUUGCAAUUAUUUCUGUCAUGGUCAUCCUUGUUUCCAUUGUCAUCUUCUGCUUGGAAACAUUACCUGACUUCAAAGAUGAGAGAGAAAUUUUGCCUCAUCAUCAUCCUCACCCUCGCAACAUCACACUACCAGAUCCCCCUUUCCUCUACACACAUCCUUUCCAAGAUCCCUUUUUUGUGGUGGAGACCAUGUGCAUUUGCUGGUUCUCAUUUGAACUACUAGUGCGUUUUGUGGCUUGCCCCAGCAAGACCAAUUUUUUUCGGGAUAUCAUGAACAUCAUUGAUUUUGUUGCCAUUAUCCCAUAUUUUGUAACCUUGGGCACUGAACUGGCACGUGCCAAAGGUGGUACUCCUGCCAUGUCACUGGCUAUACUAAGGGUUAUUCGUCUGGUGAGGGUUUUUCGAAUAUUUAAGCUUUCCCGACAUUCCAAGGGCUUACAAAUCUUGGGCCAGACCCUUAAGGCUAGCAUGAGGGAGCUUGGCUUGCUAAUCUUCUUCCUUUUCAUUGGUGUCAUUCUUUUCUCCAGUUCAGUCUACUUUGCAGAGGUUGACAAUGAAAACACUGCCUUUACCAGUAUCCCUGAAUCUUUUUGGUGGGCUGUAGUCACCAUGACAACCGUGGGUUAUGGGGACAUGUCACCUGUGACCGUUGGAGGGAAGCUGGUAGGCUCUCUAUGUGCGAUUGCUGGAGUGUUAACCAUCUCACUGCCUGUACCUGUCAUUGUAUCGAAUUUCAGUUAUUUCUACCAUCGUGAGACAGAGUGUGAGGACACAACAGAAUAUAAGCAUAUCAGCACCUCGCUUUGGAGUGAUGAGGAGGAGGAGGAGGAUGAGGAGGAGGAGGAGGAGGAUAAGGAAGAGUUGUCAGAAAAGGAGACCCAGGAAGUCAAGGAAGAAGAGGCAUGGCUAAAAGAAAAAACAAAACGUUUAUGCAGUCCACUGCAGACUGAACUGCUACAUGGACUCUGCACACGUAAUCUUCAGAACAGCAGUAAUGUCUAUCACACUCAGCCAUUGGUUACACAGGUUUGAGGAUCUCCUGGAAUAUCCUUGAUAAUUUGGACAAAACCUGCUGAUUAAAAUUCUUACCUGUCACAGAACUGUCAUUAAUGUGAACAAA